UGACUGACGCUCUCACACACCCACACAGAGACAGGCAGGGAGGGGAGGGAGGAAGGGAGGCAGAGGGGCUGACAUUCACUGCUGCAGAUCAGCGGCUGAUCAUUGCUCACAGGAGACAGACAGAUGGCAGCGGCUCACAGUGUUAUCGUGUAUGGAGGGAAAGGCGCCCUGGGAGCCAAGUGUGUGCAAUUCUUCAAAGCCAAGAGCUGGUGGGUUACCUCCAUUGAUCUUACCCCUAAUGAAGAAGCCAAUGCAAAUGUGGUGGUGAAAAUGUGUGACUCCUUCACAGAGCAGGCGGAGCAGGUAACAACAGAAGUUGCCAGCCUCCUUGGGGAGAAGAAAGUGGAUGCCAUACUGUGUGUAGCAGGGGGAUGGGCAGGUGGCAGUGCAAAGGCAAAAUCCCUUUAUAAAAAUACUGACCUGAUGUUGAAGCAAAGCGUGUGGACGUCAACUAUUUCCAGUCACUUAGCUACAAAGCAUCUUAAAGAAGGAGGCUUGCUGACACUAGCCGGAGCCAGUCCUGCCUUGAGUGGCACACCAGGAAUGGUGGGCUAUGGCAUGGCCAAGGCAGCCAUUCAUCAGCUGUGUCGGAGUCUGGCUGGAGAGAACAGUGGAUUGCCACCCGGGACUGCUGCUGUCGCUAUCCUGCCUGUUACCUUGGAUACACCAAUGAACAGGAAAUCGAUGCCCAAUGCAGAUUUCAGCUCUUGGACACCACUAGAAUUUAUUGCUGAAACUUUCUUUAACUGGACUGAAAAAUCAACCAGACCUGCCUCAGGAAGUCUAAUUCAGCUUAUCACAACUGGGAACAAGACUGAGCUGGUUCCUGCUCAGCUUUAAGAUGUAAUUAGUACACAAUAGGAGUGUCCUAAAGUUUGAUUUUGCUUAUUCCAAAUUGAUUGUGCCAUUUAAUAUAUGUACUAGGAAAUGUCAAUACUGGUAUUAAUAUGGGGAGAAGGAACAAUAGAACAAAAUGCUUGAUGGUGACAUUUGAACUUUGUGGAGUCCUGUACCUCAGUGGUUAGAGCACUCGCUUUGCAAGUGAGAGACCUGAGUUCAAUUCCAGGCAGGGCGAAACCUUGGGCAAGUUUCCUUACUCCACACGCCUAAUAAUAAUCC